AUGGUGGUUUCAGAUUAUAGUGCUACACAAGGGCUCAUGGCUCUUUUAUAUAGUAUUAACAAUGGAGCUACGACAGGAACAGGUAUCAAAAAGUUGGUUGACCAGGCCCACAAUUUGUUAGGCCCAAACAUUCCUUCUGCCGUUGUUGAUUACAAUGUUGGCACCCAGAUCAAUUUAUUUGGUUCCUACCCCACCAAAACAGAUAUCGCUCCGUCGAUUGUAUUUGCAGUCAUAUUCGGUAUAAUUAUGCUCAUUCACAUUGCCAUUCUAAUAAUUAAUACGUCGAGGGGCCAUCAUUUUUAUCUUUCAUAUAUUUGGAUUGUGUACAGUAUGAUGAAAGUUGUUGGGUUUGCCUUGAGAGCCAAAUGGGGUACUGAUCAGACUUUGGUUGCGAUUGGCUUAACCUCAGAAGUGUUUUUAAUUGUUCCUGCAGUGGUGAUUGUAUCCGCAAACUUGAUAUUAGCUCAACGUCUUUUCACUUGGAGACAUCCUGUUGGUGGUUCCAGAAAAUUAUUCUGGUUCUUUAUGAUUUCGUUGUAUUCAUUUGUUACCGUUUUGGUUGCAGUUACAGUUUUGGCCUCGUUUGUGCCAUACUUGAAUUUCUUAAGUUGGUGGUCCUACCGUUCUUGGAUCAAAACUGUACAAUUCACAGCAGUUUUGGUUAUUGCUUACAGUUUAACCGCAGUGGCAUUGAUUGGGUUAUCCUUCUGGUUGCCAACAAAAAAGGAUGAGCUCAGAUACACUUACCAACCAUGGUGGAUUGAAAGUUUUGCCCCAUUCUAUUUUGUUGAAAAAAAUGCAGCCCAGAAAGCAGAAGCUUCAUUCAUGAAAAGAAACUCCAACCACAGACACGCCACUCGUGUUAUUGCUGCUACUCAUCACCAUUUCAAACAGGUUAAAGGCUUAUCUAACCAGAGAGGUGACUUGAAACACAAUGUCUCUAUGGGAUUAUUAAUUAUCACCACUUUAUUGAUCUUAAUUGGUGACAUUGGUAGAUGUAUAGUUGUUUUCCAAGCAAGACAAUCUGUACACGCAAGUUCAGCGGCAAACAUAUGGUUUAUGUACAUUUGUUGGGGGAUUUUUGAAAUCAUUAUCAAUGUACUCUACAUCGUUGGUAGAGUGGAUCUCAGAUUCUAUCGUCCAGAUGUAUUGCCUGCCGCAGUUAGAUCUAUUGUUACUGCUGAGCAAACUUACUACCCAUCCUCUGAUGAAGAAGAAGACGGGUUCCAUAGAGACAGACCAGAAACAUAUGGAAAACUUCGUGGAAGAGCAGAGUACGGAAAUGCCACACCAAAUCGCCAUCCAGCGUACGGCCACGAAGAUCAAGAACUGGCAUUUGAUGAAGACGAGGAUGACUACUUUGAAGAUAUUGAUUCUCAAGAAUGGGACUUUGGUGGAGUCAAAGAAAAAGUGUCCAGUUCUACAGAAGACACAGGACCACAACCAUUUGGCAUCACACAACAAGACAAAAAAGACGAGCCUCCAUACCCAGUUUAUAAUAACGAUAAACAACACACAAGAUUUGAUAAUGAUAAUGAGUCCGAAUUUAACUUUUAG